AGUGCGCCGAUGCGGUAUUCCGGUAUUCUCGCUGCCGUUGUCCGUGUUUGGUGAUUUCGGCGAGUUCGAAUCGGUCGGAGAUUCGCGGUGUGAUAUAAUUUCGAGGACAAUUCGUCUCACUGGGAAACAACGCGUAGCAGGAUGUCGCAGGAGGCCUCUGUAAAGUCGCCGCAGUCGCAGGUGAUCAGCCUAGCAACUCUGCCGAACUUGAAUCUCCAGCAGCUGACGAUGUUCAAGCAGCAACUCGACCAGGAGCUCGGAGUGUUUCAAGACUCUUUGCACACGUUGAAGAUCGCACAGAGCAGAUUUCAGGAAUCCGGCUCUUGCCUCGAAAAGAUCACGCCAGAAACCGAGGGCAGCGAAGUGUUAGUGCCUCUGACAGGUUCUAUGUAUGUGACUGGAAAACUAGCAGAUGCGAAUAAUGUGAUUGUUGACAUUGGUACUGGUUAUUAUGCAGAAAAGAAUAUUGAGGCUGCAAAGGAUUACUUCAAAAGGAAAGUGGAGUAUGUUACUGAACAAAUGGAAAAGAUCCAACAGGUUGGAAUUGAAAGGACCAAACUGAGAGAAGCGACGAUGGAUCUAAUAGAAGCAAAAAUUCAGCCUUCAGCCUGGGAGGCACGUGGAAAGCGAUAGAUUUCAAGUUAAUAAUUUUAUUUCAUAUUUUGUCAUGAAUGAUUUGUUAUCGUUUGCAUCUUCAGAAAUCUUGAUUAAAUCUAAUAGCUUUGAGAUACUACUGCGAGUGCAUCUGAUUUUAUAUAGCAAUAAGACGGUUUUAUUAUAAUCAAAACGUACACGUUUUGUGAUAUCACCCUGUCGCAUUUCAUUUAUUCAACUUUGUCUAUUCGAUAAAUCAAUAUACAAUGGAUUUUUGUACAGAAAUACAUGUUUAUAUAUA